AUGUUUUCGCGCCCCUCCAGCUCUCUGUACCGCGGUGCAGCUCAAGGACGAUAUGUGUGCCAGGCCUGUCUCCGCGAUGUCCGAGUUAGGCGCCAAUUGGUAGCCAACGCCCAGUGUCUCCAGCUUCGAAGUCGCUCACUUCAAACUACGACAACUGCGGAAGAGGUCACGCCAUACAGGAAGCAAUUGAAGGAUGAAGCCAAAAAAAAGAAACUAGAAGGAGGACCGAAGGCCUCCAAAAAGAAGUCGAAAACUAAGGAUCCGAGACUAGAGAAAUGGGAAUUGACCGUGGGAAUCGAGAUACACGCUGAGCUCAAUACCGCCCGGAAGUUAUUCUCCAGUGCUGCCACUUCAAGUAGUGACGCGCCAAACACUCAUGUUGCAGUGUUCGACGUUGCGUUUCCUGGAACCCAGCCUCAUUUCCAGCGGGAAACUCUCAUACCGGCCCUGCGUGCUGCCAUAGCCCUCAACUGUAUUAUUCAGCCGAAGAGCAGCUUUGAUCGGAAGCAUUAUUUCUAUCAAGAUCAGCCGGCCGGGUAUCAAAUCACACAAUAUUACGAACCUUUUGCAAAAGACGGCCAUAUCACGCUCUUCGAUCAUGAUGGAAUUGCUCCAGAGGACGGGAAAUCGAUUACAAUCGGCAUAAAGCAGAUUCAGAUGGAGCAAGACACCGCAAAGACAAUCCAACGACCACCAUCCACCCACCUCCUUGACUUCAACCGUGUAUCUCACCCGCUCAUCGAAGUCAUAACCCUCCCCCACAUCCACCAUCCGUCUACUGCCGCCGCUUGCGUCCGAAAAAUACAAGCGAUCCUUAAGACCAUUGAUGCUGUCACGGCUGGUAUGGAGCUAGGCGGUCUCCGCGCCGACGUGAAUGUCUCGGUAAGGGAGAGGCAUAACACUACUGGGACCGGACCAGACAAUUCAUAUUAUGGCGUGACGGGGCUUGGACAGCGGACAGAGAUCAAGAACCUAAGCAGCUUCAAGGCCGUGGAAGAUGCCAUAAUUGCUGAGCGAGAUCGCCAAAUCGAUGUUCUCGAAGCUGGUGGGAUCAUCGAGGGCGAAACUCGAGGCUGGACCUUGGGGAGCAAAGAGACGAGGAAGUUAAGAGGCAAAGAAGGGGAAAUUGAUUAUCGAUAUAUGCCUGAUCCGGAUCUGGGGCCUGUUAUAGUCGGAGAUGACGUUGUUCAAGCUCUUCGAGAUACUCUACCCGAGCUACCUGAUGAUAUAGCAAGCAAGCUUGUUUCCUCAGUAAAAUAUGGGCUUACCAUGAAGGAUGCAAAAACAAUGGUUGCAUUAGACGAUGGCGAGCGGCUUGACUAUUAUCUAGACGUAGUCCAGUUACUUCACAAGGAUUUAGAGAACGAUACGGCACUACAAGGCUCCAUUGGCAGGGUUGCAGGUAAUUGGGUCCUUCAUGAGCUUGGUGGGCUUUUCACGACCUCGGAGGAGGGCUGGACAGACACCAAAGUAAUGUCCCAGAACCUUACAAGCAUAAUCUCUCAACUCCUCCGCCGUCAAAUCACAGGGCGUACCGCAAAGCUACUCAUCGCAACAAUCUUUCAUGGAGACCAGCGUACAGUGAACCAGAUCAUUGAAGAAGAGAACAUGACGCUUCGGCCAAUGUCCCGCGAAGAUUAUCUGGCUACCGCUAAAGCUUUGCUCUCGGAGAACCCCGAUGUCGUGCAAGCAAUCAAGGAAAAAGGACAGCACGGGAAAAUCAUGUUCCUAGUUGGGCAGAUGGUUCGUCGUAGCGAAGAGGGAACUGUGGAGGCAAAGACGGCAGAGAGUAUUUUGAAAGAGCUACUGGAAAUACCACGUGACGAAUAG